AUGUCUGACUCUACGAGCUACUAUUCGAACGAAAAGAAAGGUCACGCGCUUAAAGUUGUCAGCGAGUCGGACGUUGAUAUUGCUGCUCAGCUGGUCAGUAAAGGUGAUGGAGGAGAGUUAGACCCGCAAGUCGCGAAGAAGCUUCUGCGCAAGAUAGACCUCCACAUUAUGCCAUUGAUGUGCUGUGAGUUUUAUGAGAUGAUGACAUUCGCAGACAAAACUACGUUGGGACAGUCAGCUGUAUUAGGAAUCGAAGCGACCGCUCACAUCAACCAGAACCAGUUCAAUUGGUUGAGCUCUGUGUUUUACCUAACAUAUUUGGCCUUUGAGUAUCCUCAAAAUUUUGCGCUUCAGCGUUUCCCUGUUGGAAAAUGGAUGAGCCUCAACAUUUUUGUAUGGGCUGUAGUUCUCUUAUCACACGCCGCGUGUCAUUCCUUUGGCGGCCUCUUCGCUGUGCGAUUCAUUCUCGGAAUCUGUGAAGGCGCAAUUACCCCUGGUUUUAUGAUUGUUACGUCUAUGUUUUACACGCGUCAAGAGCAGAACAAACGCGUCGGGUAUUGGUUCUUGAUGAAUGGCUUCGCCGUGAUCUUCUUGGGCUUCGUAUCCUUUGGGCUUCUACAUACCAAGACACAUAAUUUUGCACCUUGGCAAUGGUUGAUGAUUAUAACAGGUCUUAUAACUCUUGUGACCUCAGUUUGCUUCUGGUUCUGGUUCCCGGAUUCCCCGACGACUGCAUGGUUCUUGACGGUCGAGGAGCGUGCUCUUGCUGUGCGGCGCAUUAGAGUAAAUCAAACAGGCGUCGAGAACAAACACUGGAAGAGGGAACAGUUCAUUGAGACGCUUCAGGAUUCCAAAAUAUGGGCUAUGGUUCUCUUCGCUGCGAUCGCGAAUAUCCCAAAUUCCUUAACAAACCAAAGGCAGCUCAUAAUCGCUCAAUUCGGAUUCACCCCCAUAGAGACUACUCUCCUGGGAUGCGUCGACGGAGUCAUGGAGAUUCUCUCUAUCUGGCUUGGAAUUUCGCUCGCUGGAAUGAAAGGCAUUGGACGAGCGUACGCCGGAGUAAUCAUAUAUAUCCCCGGUCUUCUAGGAGCGCUGUUGGUUAAUUUGUUGCCAUCUCAUUUAAAGGUAGGGUUGCUUUUUGGGUACUGGCUUUCGAUUUUUUCCAUCGCACCGUUUGCCAUUUUCCUUGGUUGGGUAUCUGGACUGGUAGCCGGUCAUACGAAGCGAACCACCACGAAUGCUUUGGUUCUUAUCGGAUACGCGAUAGGUAAUUUUGCCUCGCCGUUCAUCUGGAAAUCGAAAUACCAACCUCACAAUCACGUCCCCUGGGAUUUUUUAGCUACCAGCAUGGGUGCAUCUAUCCUCAUCCUCCUUACUCUUCGCACCAUGCUUGCCAGGGAGAAUGCUCGUCGGGACAGGGAGACCUGCCAGGAUGAUUACGACGAUGUUUACCUGCCAUCAAAGGAAUCAGAACUUGGCACUGCUCAGUCUAAGAGGAAGAUUGACAAGGUUUUCCUUGACUUGACUGAUAUGCAAAAUCGCGACUUCCGGUAUACGCUAUGA